AUGCUCGCUCUUCCAUCACAUGAAUUAUCUACUUCAAGUAAAACGUCUUCGGGAUAUUUAACUGACUAUAAAAGACCACUCAAUAAAUCUGAUUGUUGUUCUCCUUCCACUUCAUCAUCUGCAACACCAUCUUCAUCUUUGUCAACAUCGCCUCCUGUAUCCCAUUCUGUAUUUAAUAAGAUGACAUCAAAUUCUUUACUCCAAUUACAAAAUUAUUCAGACCAAUAUAUUCAACAAAACAAUGAAAGGACUAUUUGUGAGAAUGAAAAUUCUUACAAUAUUCAAAGCAAAAUGGCAAUACCACAUUUUAAAUCGGAUUUAAGGACUUUAGCUCAUUUCAAUGACAGUAAAACCAUGAAUUCUAAUGGUUAUCCUGUUGGUAACUAUGAAAAUCAAAGAUAUCACCUUCAUUCUAAUGAGUUGCUAAACACCGAAAACGAGCCAGUUCGUUACAAUUCCGUAUCAAAUUGUUUCAUUGACACCUAUCAGUCUCCCUGUCCACCAUAUUCACUAUAUAAUAAUACAAAACGUUCAUCUUCAUCGAACUCUGAAGUUUUUGCAGCAACAUUUCACUCACCAUUACUCGGUGUUGGUAAAGAAUAUGAUGAUAAUGAUAAUGCUAAUGAAGAUAUUGAUAAUUCUUUACAUAAUUCUGCUGAAUCCAAUUAUUCUUUGGAAGAAAAUGAAAUGAAUAAGAUGUAUUUGACUGAAAAUAUGACUUUAAGCAGAACAGUCAAUAUGAAUUCAUCUUUACACCAACAUGGAUAUAGAAAAGCUAUGGUGGAGUAUGAAGGAAUAAAUGCAAAAGAUUCAAAGUUAUCAAUGAAUCAAAUUUUUCCUAAGACCAAUCAAGAAUGUGUAAAAUGUGGUGAACAAAUCUAUUCAAAUGGGCAACCAGAUGGUACAGGUCAUUACUUUUGUAGCCGAUGUAAUCAGCAAGAACAACAACAACCACUCAAAUAUGAAGGACAAGAAACAACAAAAAAUACGGAAGAGUACGAAGAUGGUGAUGAUGAUAAUGAAGAUGACGAUGAUGAUGAAGAUGAAGAUGAUGACGAAGAAGAGGACAGAGUUAUAGAUCCUGCUAAAAUAUUUCUAACUAAUUGGCCAUCUGUUUCGACGGCUAUAAACUGUACAGAAAAUAAUCAGAUAUCUAAGUUAUCCAUGGAAGAUGAAAUAAAACCAUAUGCAACAUCAAACAGAACCAGUUGCUGUGAUGUAAAGAUCAAUAAUUCAAUUAAUUGUGGAGUGAAUAAUGAUACUUAUGGAAAUAAAUUAAAUUCAUAUGAACCAGUUAGUGAAUCUUCAAAGAAUGUCAUCAAUGAUCAUGCAUUUUUAUCGAAUACGCCCUUUUCUUAUUCACCAUUGUCAUGUAGACGUGCCUUUCGUAGUGGUAUUGAAAAAACUGUUACGAACAGGAAGUCACAAACUAACAGAAGAAUUGGAUUGAUUUGUUCGAAUUGUGAAACUACCAAGACCACAUUAUGGAGGCGUAAUCUUGAUGGAGAACCUGUAUGCAACGCUUGUGGGCUAUAUCAGAAAUUGCAUGGUAGAACGCGUCCAACAUCAAUGCGAAAAGAUGCGAUCCAGACAAGGAAAAGAAAGUCAAAGAAAAGAAAAGAUUAUAGCUUGACAGUUGCUGUUGCAGCAGCUGCGGCAGCUGCUGCAGCAUCAGCAGUAUCUGUAACUGCAUCAUCAAUCUCUUCAACACCUGUAGUGCCCACAUUAACAAACCCUUUUUAUUGGAGACCUUGUUCAACAACUGAAUUAUGUCAGUCAAAUAAAAUGUCGGUUUUUAAUUCAGGUCUAUUCCAUUCAAACUCAACUAAUUCACACUUAUUACCAAUGCCUGGAUCAUUUUCACGAUUUCUUCCAGAACAAUUGCCGAUGUUGCGAAAUAAAAAUUUUGAAGAUCCAGCAUGUUCUCCUACGUCUGAUAACUAUGAUAAAUCAUUCAGUCAAUAUGAAAUGACAAAUAACAACAAAAGUGUGGUUGAAAGAACACCGGCCUACCCUACAAAUUUUUUAAAUUCAGAGUCAGACAAUUAUGCUGAUCAUCAGAAGCCAGUGUUGAAUUGCCAAAAUUAUCAAGCUGAAUUAACUUAUCAGUUGCAAAAGCAUUUCUCACUACAAUCCAAUCAACUAAACAUUCAUUCAGGUACAUACUUGAAUGAUGAUAAUUUAUGUUUACCUUCAUCUGUGAACUAUCAACAAAUUCAUCGACAAGAACUUCAUCCAUCAUUCCCAUCCUUUUCACCAUCAUCAAUAUCGUCAAAUCAUCGACAAUGUGAUUAUCCUACUUAUCAAGAAAAUGAACGAUAUAGUCAUCAUCCUCAUUAUAACGGACCAUUGAUGAGCAUACAGAAUAGUUUAUUAUUAAAUUCUUUAGAUUUAAAUGAAAAAAAUUCUCAUGUAGUAAAUGAACAUCAUGUCAAUCCACUGACAACUUUAAAUAAUGACAAAAGCAAUAAACUAAGUGCAUACAGUAUAUUAUCACCUUAUAGGCAACGACACUCGUAUCAUUCAGAACAGCUUCAACAACAACCAAAUAUCUUUAUUCGGUCGUCAGAAAGAAAUCAUAAACCACUAUCAUACUUUCCGAUACAAUACACGGAUGAUAAAAUGCUUUGGAAUAUAUCAUCGUCAUCAUCCAACAAUGAUAAUCGAGAAAGUUUAAAUCACACCAAAAAUAUGCACCUAUUGAAACAACAGCAACAAGAGGAAACUUAUGAGUCAAACCGAUCAUUAGAUAAUUAUUUGGAUCAAAUAUAA